GUUUGCGAGAGGACGAGUGUCGUCGGGGUGGUACAGUAAGAAGAAAUUGCAAGCACCAUGAUGCAAGCAACGGCGGCAGUGCAUCGGAUGGACAUUGAUGACAUCCAGGACAGAGAAGACAUGGAGAUUGAGAUGGCAGAGCUAGGUCUCUCCGGAAGCCCCAACCUCCACAGCAGCGGCGCCAAAGUUGAUGUCGAAUUGCGGCGGAAGCUCGAACGGGAAACGAUCAUGAAGCAUGACUCAACACAACUCAAGUUCAAGGACGCGUGGUUCUUCAUUGAAACUUCAUGGAUGGACAUGUGGAUGAACUUUGUUCUCCAUGAUGGUCCGCUUCCAGGCCCGUUGUCGAACCAGUCGUUCUACACCCGCGACAACACCCUCCGCAAGGACCUGGUUGUCACCAAGCACUACCGGUGCGUGAACCCCCGCGUGUAUGCGAUCUACUCGGAGAUCUACGGCACUGGCGGCGCCUUCCCCAUCGCUCGAUACACCCUGGACAUCUACGCGACGCCUAUCUUGCGCGACGACGUGUUGGAGAUCCUCAAACUUCCCGAACUCAGCGCGCGAGUGGCCGUGACUGAAAUGCGUGAGCAAUACGAAGAAUGGCCAGAGGAGCCCGAGGUGGUGAUGGGGUGGUGCAGUUGGAUGUACCAGUGCUGCUGUCUCUGUGAUCGGCUGCCGACGGUGCUGGGUCGGGUCUUUGGCGGUCCGACGUACGCCGCCGUGGAUACCGCAGCCGACAAGACACGAAAAAAGUCGUCCAAAAAGCAAAAAAGCAAGCGCCGGCACCACGACGAAGAAGAUGGCAACGACAGCGACACCGACACGGAAGAAACCAGCUCGUUGCUCACCGAUGAUCGAGACUAAUCCCUAUAAUACACACACUUUCACUAACAACA